AUGCAUCUGCAAAUUAGAUCAGAUUCUCCUACUGGUUUUCGUUCUCCAGCGAGGAGGAAAACCAAUAAGACUGUAAUUGAAGCGGAAAAGGGUCGGAAAAGGAGGGAAGAAGACAUCGCUGGCAUCAGAAGGAUCAGACGCGAAGAGACUCUUUUCGAGAAACGAGGAGGAAUUCAUACAAACCAGUCCUGUGAUUGGCUGGUGGAAGAUGUACAGCAUCUAUGGUCUGAGGACCCUGACGAACAGUUGGAGGCAGCUGUUAACAUGGGAUGUCUGCUAACACUUGGUGACCCUCCAAUUGAUGAGGUCGUUAUGACUGGUGCUAUCUCUCGCUUUGUGGAGUUCUUGUCAAUGGAAGAUGCACCUCAAUUGCAGAUGGAGGCUGUUAGCAUUCUAACUAAUAUUUCUUCGGGAGAAUCCCGACACACAGGAUAUGUCGUAGGUAAUGGUGCUAUUCCGUCUUUGGUGAAACUUCUCAGUAGUUCAGAUGAUGAUGAUAUCAGAGAACAGACAGUAGGGGCUUUAGCGAACAUUGCCGGCGAUUCCCCAAGAUAUAGGGAUCUUAUUCUUCACCAUGGUGCUCUCUUGCCUUUAUUAUCUCAGUUGCAACCACAUUCAAGGUUGUCUAUGUUAAGACAUGCUACGUGGUGUUUAUCUAAUCUGCUCCGUGGAAAGCCUCCAGUAAAUCUUGAACAGAACCUCAUCCACUCCAAGGAUGAAAAGGUUGUUAAAAAUACAUGUUGGGCUCUCUCUUACCUUGCAGAUGGCACAUUCGAACAUAUUCAAGCUGUUAUUGAAUUAGGAGUUUGCCCAAAACUUGUGGAGCUUCUGCUGUAUCCAUCAGAUACAGUUAUUAUACCUGCGCUUCUGACUCUAGAAAAUAUUUCUACCGGCGAUGAUGUUCAGACCCAGGUUGUAAUUGAUAACCGACUACUCCCGUAUCUUCACCAACUUCUCACGCAAGAAGACAAUAAAGAAAUCUCUAACUUAAGAAGAAUCUUUAGAGAAGUUUGUUGGACAAUCUCAAAUAUCACCGCUGGGACUGAAUCUCAAGUACAGGCUGUGAUUGAUGCCGAUAUCAUCCCUUUUCUUGUUGAAAUUAUUCAUAAUGCGGAGUUUGAGAUCAUGAAGGCAGCUACCUGGGCGAUCUUCAAUGUGACUUGUAGAGGAUCUCAGGACAAUAUCAGGUUUCUGGCGGAUCAAGGUUGCAUUGAGGCACUAUGUCAACUGCUCGAUAAUCCAGAAACAAAGCUUUUGUUAAUUUGUCUACAGGGGCUGGAGAACAUUUUGAGGGUCGGAAAAGCUGACCAAGAAAAGGGGCUGAAUGAUGGAGUCAAUAUUUUUGUUGAGAGGGUAAAUAAUUGUGAAGGAAUAUAUGAGAACCUUUAUAAUUUGCUGACAGAUGACGACUGUGAUGUCAAGGACAGAGCAUCGACGCUUUGUAGAAGACUCAGAGCAGGGAAUGAUGUCAAAGAUAUGGAUUAG